AUGACUAGCUUGCUCUAUCCCGUUUUCAACGGGCUCAAAUAUAAUGUAUGUUUUUUCUUUUUAAUGGUUAAAUGCGCCUUUAUGCGUAUACUUAUUAUUUUUAACUACAAAGUGGCUUUUUUUAUUAUAAAUUAA